CUUCAUCUCCACUCACGACUCUGUGCAUCGCCACCGUCCUGUACUCACGCCUGCCAGCUUGGAGUACAAACGAGUCGUAUAGGCGCUCCCUCUGCCUGCGCUGCCAAGCUUCAGUCUCGCACAUCGACCACAUUGGCCCUGGACGCAGCCGCCAGACUCGAGCCACUCGUCGACCCGCUUCUUGCUUUCACAGUCUCCCAGCUGACGAGCAGAGGCAGAACGUCUGCUCUCAUGCAUCAUGGCAGCCGCGAUGCCCAUCCCAGCGGAUCCGGUAGAGCUCCGAAAGCUCCGCAAUGCCGUCAUAGGUAGCCGCACGCGAAAGAGCACGCUGGUAGCAAAGGGUCAAACACCAAGCUUGGUCGCCCUGCUCACGCCGCCGCAAGAGAACGAGUCUUCGGUCGAGGUCGUCAAUCUGGCAGCCACGAUCCUUGGUUCCCUUGCUAAUUCGGCCACACCCGGGGUUCUGCUUGCUCUUCUCCGCGCUCGCCUACCUACUGCGCUACUCAGGGCACUUGGUGACUUGCCUAGCACACCGCACCUCGCUUCACUCGAGGCCCUCUUGCGAGCUGUGCGAUCAAUGUGCGUCUGCGUAGCGGCAUACGUCUCUCCAGGCGACAAGACGCGCUCUUCACCCAGAGGGCGAUCGGUCAAGGAGCUAGAAGGCUGGAGUCUGGCUCAAGCCGGCUUUGCAUCGGCGUCGAGCUCGACAGCUCCAGCUGGAUCUUCAGCUAGUGCGCUUGACAGUCUGUCAGAUGCGAGAUCCGGUCUGAGCAGCAGCACCGGAAACACCUACACCUUUGACGGCUUGUCCCCCACACAAGAGCUUCAUCUUCGUUGUCGUUUGGCCAUCGAUGAGCUGUUCGCACCCAGCAACCUGCAUCUCUGGUUGUCCGCUUUGUUCAUCAGUCCCACCCUUCCAAGUCGUGCUUCCACCGCCACAUCGGCCUUCUCUUCGGCUCCUCGAUUAAUUUCUUCCCACAUCCGGCCCGGAUCUGCAACGGCUGGCCCGACACGCAUAGCCACGCCCGAUGGAAGUCGAGCAGCUUCACGAGAUCGUAGAGCAGCUGGAGAGAGCAGCACGAGCAGAGCCUUUAGCUUGGCACCUCCUCCUGCUUUACCUGUCGGCCUCGCCCCAACACUGACAGGCAUGGACUCUUCCACCAGCUCCAUGGAAGGCUCAGCAAAUUCACAUAGCGGAAUGCUACAACCGGCGGACAGAACGCGCACGCUAGCCAUAGUGGAGAUGGUGUGCUCCAUCAUCUCUUCGUGCAUCUGCAUUCCUGGCCCUGCGCCUCCGAGUGGGGCCAGCCAGAUUCACAGGGAGGUGGCAGAUACGCCAGAGGACGAACUUGCAGCGCGGAGGACACGAGUAUUGGACUUUCGACCAGACGACUCAUUUGCAGCACAGCCCCCGCUUCGAGAUGUCGUAGGCGCCAGGAAGGUUGUAGAAAGCGCCGCCUUUGAACAGAUGCCCUAUCAUCAGGGUGGGGAGCGUUCUGCACGGCCGGAACGCGAGUUGUUUGCAAGUCUUGUGCAGCGCAGCAAAAGCUUGGAUAGAACAAAGGACACAGGCAAAGCUCCAGAACGGCCCGACGACGAGCUGCCACAAGAGGAUGUGACCAUGACAGAGCCAAGCUUGGAUGCUAGUGAUGCUGGUCUAGUGGCCAAGCCGCGCAAUACUCUCAACGUCUUGCUCGAGGCGGCGGAGUGUGGAUUUGCGAAAACACAAGAAGUAGCCUUGUGGGCUUUGGCGGAGCUUUCCCGCGAAAAUCGCCAGACCAGCUUCAGGCUCUUCAAUUGCGUCACGCCUUCUGGCGCCAUGCCGACCACACUACUGCUCAACCUUCGCAAGGAGACCUCUGCGCCUGUUCGAUUGGCGGCGUUCAGCUGUCUCACGCACAUAAUCAAGGUGCAUCCUUUCUCUCAACGCACGCACGAGUGUGUUCUUUCGACGCUCAUCGACCUGACCGAGGAAACUGGCGAAGUGCAGAUCACGGCCAUGUUCACCUUUGCCAGAUUGAUAUCGGACGAUCCCGAUCUGCAAAUGCUGGCGACGGAGCACUACGAUAUUAUCAGACGCUUUGGUGGGUUCUUGGAGAAGACGAAAAGUGCCAACUCUGCUCCGUCUGCCGGACCGCAGUCUGGCGCGCCUAGAGACGAGCAUCUCAUACGAUUGCGAGAAGCCGUCUUGACUGCCUUGGCAGCGCUAGCUUUCCAGCGCGACGAGAUUCGAAGAGCGCUGGUGGAUGCUACAUCGCCCGCUCUUUUGCCACUCAUUGUUCCCUCGCUCACCGCAACGGAUUUGGGCAUCCGAGUCGCUGCAUGUCGCCUCGUCAGAGCUUUGAGUCGCAGCAUCAGCAUACUUAGAACAUCUCUCGUGGACGCUGGAGUAGCAGAAAAGCUCAUCGGCAUGAUCAAGGAUGACAAUGAGGAUGCAGAAGUGAAGCAGCAAGCCACGGCGACGAUCUGCAAUCUGGUGUUGAAGUUCAGCCCAAUGAAGCAGCUGCUUUUGGAGGAAGGAGGCAUACAAAAGCUGGUCGAGCUGGCGCGAAGCCGGGAAGGAGGAUCGACGAGAUUGAAUGCUCUUUGGGCCCUCAAGAACGUUCUCUACUCGUCUGAAACUGACACGAAGCGUAAUGUGAUGAGCGCGCUCGGCUGGGAUUAUGUUGCUGCUUUGGCAGCGGAUCGCAAGGACGAGGAUCCGGCCGCUCAAGAACAAGCGUUGGCCAUCAUUCGAAACCUUGCGAGCAGUCGAGAGGAGGACAUCGAGUUGACGUUGAGCGGCUUCGGCAAAGAUGUGCUGUUGGACAUUAUCGAGCAGGUCAUUUGGGAAAGGCAUGGUGAUGUGAUCACGGAGCAGGGCGCCUACAUCAUUGUCAACAUUGCUACGGGCGCGGAAGCGCACAGGAGAGCCAUCUUGGCUCGACCCAACAUCCUCCAAACUCUUGUCAGACUCUUGGGACACGACGCUUCGGAUUUGAGAUUGGCGAGCGUGUGGGCUGCGCUCAACCUCACGCAGAAGAUUCCGCAAGCUGUUGCAUCUGCUGGUAGCAGCCCUACACGCGUGUUUGGCGGUGAGUGAUUUCGCAAGCGCAUGUGAGCGGAACACUGGCGCUGAGCCAGACUUGCUCCCUUCUGUGCGUAUGGGGCAGACGACGUCUCGUCCGAUGCGCUUCUUGCUCUUCGCAAAGUCGGCUUUGAAGAGCGUCUGAGAAUUUUGAUCGUGGACAAGGAACACGACGUGUCGGGCAGGGCUAGAGACAUGCUACACAGAUUUGCCGCUUUCAAGCCUCCUGCAGCGCUCGUCUGAGCAGACAUCGACUACUACUGCUCAGCGUCGCCAGGCCAGCUCUAUGGUCCUUCUUUUGGCAUUUGCAACUAUUAAAUCCGCAGGCCAGGUCGCCUAGCACCGCACAACUCGUCACACUUAGCAAUUUCAUCGUG